UUGCCACAGCCUGUAUAAAUAAGGGGAUCUAAAACCCAUGCAUACACAUAAUAAGCAGCUAUACUCUCUCUGCCUAAAUCUUUUCCUUUUAUAUCCGUUGUCUUUCUCUCUCUCUCUAUAUUAUAUAUAAAUAGAAACCAUGGGAAUAGCAGAAGAAAGCAGCAAGCCAAUGUGGGGGAGCAUCAGCCACGCUUCUCCAGGCCACGCUCUCAGUGGCAAAAUCAUGAUUUCCUCCGUCAUCAUCCUCUCCGUCGCCCUUACUAUGAUCAUCUGCUUCCACAGCUACGCCAGAUGGCUAUUCCGUCGUCAGAACCGUCGCAUUCGCCGCCGGAUUCGUGCUCACAUCCUUUCUCUCUCCUCCUCCUCUCUCACCCCUCUCGAUCCAGCGGUGCUCGAGAAGAUUCCGAUCUUCGUUUACUCCUCGGAGACUACUCAUCAAUCGCCACUGGAGGAGUGUUCCGUUUGCUUGUCGGAGUUCGAGGAAGAUGACAAAGGCCGUCUCCUCCCGAAAUGUGGCCACGCUUUUCACGUAGAUUGCAUCGAUACUUGGUUCCGUUCCAGUUCCACUUGCCCUCUUUGCAGAGCUCCGGUUCAACCAGAAUAUCUGUCGACACUACCCGAACAAGCCGCUCCGGUUAAACCGGUCGAAGACAUUGAAACCGGAAGUUCUUCUUCCUCCUCCUCUUCUUCUUCUUCUUCUUCUUCGCCGUUGAGGUUUCCUCUGGAGGCGUGCGAGAGAGAACCGAUAGAUUUGGUUGGUCUCACGGUGGAGAUUCCCGCAGAAUUUGAAGGCUCUGUUAACCCGGUUUUAUCAUUGAAAAGGUUAUGGAGCAUCUAAACCGGAUGUGGCUUGUGGGCCAAGCAAGCAAACUCAAAAAAUGGUUUGUAUUUUUGCCAAACCGCAUGAACUUUCAGCAGGCCACCAAUGCCGGCCUACGCGGGCGUCAUUCCUGGACCCCGAGAGCGUCUUCUUUACAUAGUGCUACUGGCCUAAGAAGAGCUUUUCAUUACAUUAAAGUUUCAUUUGUUAAGUGUAUUUAUUUAGCAUUGUCUCUUGAAAGUUGAAACCAGUUGAUUAUAAAUUCCAAAAAGAUGACUCGGUUGUGAA